AUGCAUCCUGAUUUUGUCUUUCAGAAUAUAAUUAAAGGACAAGCUAUGAGGAUAUCUCUACUUAAUUCCAGUAAUGAAACAUAUAAAGGGAACAUGAGUUGGCUGAAUAUUACAGUAGAAGAUAGAGGAAUGGACAGUUUAACUCUUCACUGGUCACCAGUCUCAAAAUACAUCCGCCGCUAUCGUAUUCUGUAUGGUCCAGUUGAUGGAGGACACAUCCAAGAAGUCAUGGUGGAUGGUAAAUGGGAUGGUGUCAUCCUGAGAAAUCUAAAUGCUUCAACAGAAUACCUCAUCACUCUUACAGUUAACUAUGUGUCAGGAAGAAAAAAAUACUUCUCUUUGACUGAGACAACAAAACCUAGAGGUGGCACUCCCAGGAAUGAUGUAGGAGAACAUAUCAAGGAGCAUUCCCAGUUACUGGAGCCCCAAACAUUUUCAGUGGAAAACAAUACAGAAAUCUAUAAAAAACAAGUGCCUGUUCCAACAGGAGACACUGGAGGAAAUGGAGUAGAAGAACAGACAGCAAUGAGUCCACAUUUACAGCCCUCACAGCCUGUUCCAGUGGAAAUCAACACAGGAAUGGAUAAGCCGCAACAAGUUACUGCUCCAUCAGGAGGUGUUGGAGGUAAUGAUGCAGAAGAGAAGGCCAGAAGGGACUCACAGACUCUACAGUCACAGCAUGUUCCAGUUGAAAUCAACAGAGAAAUCAAUAAAAAACAGCAAGUGCCUGUUCCAACAGGAGACACUGGAGGAAAUGGAGUAGAAGAACAGACCACAAUGAGCUCACAUUUACUGCCCUCACAGCCUGUUCCAAUGGAAGUCAACAAAGGAAUGGAUAAGCCGCAACAAGUUACUGCUCCAUCAGGAGGUGUUGGAGGUAAUGAUGAAGAAGAGAAGGCCAGAAGGAGCUCACAGACUCUACAGUCACAGCGUGUUCCAGUGGAAAUCAACAGAGAAAUGUAUAAAACACAGCAAGUGACUAUUCCAGUGGGAAAUACUGCAGGCAGUGGAAUACAAGAGCAGACCAAAAGAAGCUCACAGCCUGCACCAGCGGGAGUCAACAAAGAAAUGUAUAAACCGCAGCAAGUAUCUGCUGCAGGAGGCAACACAACAAGUAAUUAUGCAGAAGAACAGUCCAGGAGGAACUCACAGCUACCACAGCCACAGCGUGCUCCAGUGGAUAUCAACAGAGAAAUAUACAAACCGAAACAAGUGAGUGUUCCAACAAGAGUUACUGCAGGUAAUGGUGUACAAGGACAGGCCAAGAAGAGAACACAGCUACAGCAGCUGCAGCCAGUGUCAGACAAAUUCAAGAAAGAUUCAAAAAUGCAUAGUUUUCCACCUGCGCCUUUCCCAGCAAGAACCAGAAUAAGUGAUACUGUUGGACAGCGGGCCAUUGGGAGGUCACAGUUACUGCAGCCACAGCCUUUUGGACUUGAGCUCAGCAAAGAAAUGCAACGACCACAACAUCUGAUGGUAACAGACAUCACUUCAAAUAGCAUGUCAGCAUCUUGGGCUGCUCCUAACGAAUGGGUCCUGCAGUAUCAUGUCCAGCACAUUAAACCAGGGGGCCAGUCUUCUGUUGUCACACUUUCCAGCCAUAUCAAACAAGUGUUCCUUCAGACUCUCCAGCCCGACUCCCUCCACGUAGUGUGUGUAGCAGCGCUGUACAGGAAAGGACGAAGUGACAGUGUCUGUGAGAGGGCAAGAACAUUAUCAGCACCUUUGCCAGUGAAGAACUCCAAUUGCCAAUAUGCAAUGCACUACAGGAGAAACUGCAGACGUCAGUACCUGCUCUGUCAGCCAUGGAUGGCCUACAGAAAUUGCCUGUGAUUAAAUGACUUUGAUGACCUCUUGUUUGUGUAAUGACUUUGAUGACCUCUUGUUUGUGUACUUUCCAAGAACUGCAUUUUAUGUGGCCGAAUGAAACCCUGUGUAGAAAAGGACAAUAAUUUUGUUAUGCCAACAGUGCCCCAUUAUGAGGGUUUGUUUACAUUACUGCUAGUUAUAGUGGCAAAGUCCUGUAUUAUAACAUAAUGCCUUUAUUUGGCCCUUGAUAAUAUGACCAUAUCAAUGCUAAACUAGUGCACAGACCUGAACAAAAUGGACAGUGUCUUAUGAUAGGGAGGGCCCCAUCAUAGGUGCAUAGGUUGGUACUAGGCUAUCAGCCCUAGGUCCUAUACAAGCCUAGCCAUAACAAUUCCCUGGGAUAUUUCUUCCCACAAUAUUUACUUCCCUGGACCCCUGUCUAGCAGGGCGACUAACGUGAUCCCCUAAUUGAUCUUAUGAUGUACCAGUUACACGUCUGAGGUGAACAUGUGGAUGCAGAACCUUUCUGAAAGACCAUUCGUAUGAGGACACCAUAUACCCAUCAUUGCAAGUACUAGUGAGAAGAAGUGUAUGCAAGCCCUCAGCCAUCUCACUUCUUUCUUCCUGAAGAUUAGAGGUCGGCAACUGAAAGACAAGCAUUGACAUUUUUAAUUCCUUCAGUAACAAAUGUUUUGUUUUGUUUUAAGAACUGUAAUUAAUAUGUAAUAAGUAUGGCCUCUUGGUUAAA